GAGACCACAGCGAGCAGAAGUGACGUCUGAGCCGGCGCGCCAGGAGCGGAAGUGACGUAAUCGCGACCGCGACGAGAACGGCGGGAGUGCUCCCAGUGCUCCCAGUCCCCCCGGUGCGCGAUGUCUCUGGCCGACGAGCUGCUGGCCGACCUGGAGGAGGCGGCCGGGGAGGAGGAGGAGGCCGAAGGCUCCGAGGGGGGGGAGGAGCCGCCCAUCGAGGACGUGCGGGAGGAGCCGGAGCCGCCCGAGGGCGCCGAGUCCGUCAGGAGCAUCGCCAAGUUAUGGGGCUCUAAAGGGUUUGCUGAGAUCAUGCAGAAGAUCGAGGAGUACAUCGGGAAACAGCCCCGGGCGGCCGAAGUUUUGGGGCCGGUGGAGGCGGCCCCCGAGUACCGGGUGAUCGUGGACGCCAACAACCUGACGGUGGAGAUCGAGAACGAGCUCAACAUCAUCCACAAAUUCAUCCGGGACAAAUAUUCCAACGCUUCCCGAAGCUGGAGUCGCUCGUGCCCAACGCGCUCGACUACAUCCGCACCGUCAAGGUAA